AACAAUCUUCAGCAAUGUUUCACAUUCAGUGUUCAACUCCUCUGUCGUCUUCCGAGAUCCGUCGCCACAUUUCUCUCUCUGUUUGGUGUCGUUGGGUCAAUAUCUGUGGUCAACACAUCAGUCAACUUGUCCGUCUAUCUCAGCGUUUACGAUUUUUUCCAAGGUGAUUGAAAACGACAGCUGCCAAACUGCGACAAGGAAGGUGAUGGCCUAUUUUUAUCCCAAAAUUAUUGGAGUUUGCUCGCGCACGAGAUUAUUGUCUUUCAAGGGUUUAUCAGUUUGAGGGCACGUACAAUUGUUUUGGACUACAAGUCCCAUAUAUAUUUUCAAACCGAACAUUGGACUCCACGCGAAAUCACGCGAGGAAGACACAGCACUCAGUUUUUUUUGACACAGCGAUCAGUACUUGUUGUUGUUGUUGUUGUUGUUGUUUUCGGGAAAAUGGCGUCCAACGUAGAGGCCCCGGAGUCGUGGUACCUCGCUCUCCUUGGAUUUGCAGAACAUUUCCGCACCUCAAGUCCACCCAAAAUUCGUCUGUGUGUGCAUUGUCUUCAAGCGGUUUUUCAGUUUAAACCCCCGCAAAGGGUGGAGGCCAGAACUCACCUUCAACUCGGCUCGGUGCUCUAUCAUCAUACGAAGAACAGCGAGCUGGCGCGGAGCCACUUGGAGAAAGCGUGGUUAAUAUCACAACAAAUCCCACAAUUUGAAGAUGUUAAAUUUGAAGCAGCAAGUCUUUUGUCCGAACUCUAUUGUCAGCAGGUACCGAAUCUGGUGGAUUCUGCAAAGCCUUUACUGCGAAAGGCAAUCCAGAUCUCACAGCAAACUCCCUAUUGGCACUGUCGCCUGCUGUUUCAACUAGCGCAACUGCACACUCUGGAGAAAGACCUUGUGUCUGCCUGUGACCUCCUUGGGGUCGGUGCUGAGUAUGCCAGAGUGGUGGGCUCGGAAUACACCAGGGCGCUGUUCCUCCUGAGUAAAGGAAUGCUCCUACUGAUGGAGAGGAAGCUGGGGGAGGUGCACCCUCUGCUCACGCUGUGCGGGACGAUCGUGGAGAACUGGCAGGGAAACCCCAUCCAGAAAGAGUCUCUCAGGGUAUUUUUCCUGGUGCUACAGGUCACACACUAUCUGGAUGCCGGACAGGUGAAGAGUGUGAAGCCCUGUCUUAAGCAACUGCAGCAGUGCAUCCAAACCAUCUCUACACUCCAUGAUGAUGAGAUCCUGCCCAGUAACCCUGCUGACCUCUUCCACUGGCUGCCCAAGGAACACAUGUGUGUUCUCGUCUACCUGGUGACUGUCAUGCACUCCAUGCAAGCAGGGUAUUUGGAGAAGGCACAGAAAUACACAGACAAAGCACUCAUGCAGCUUGAGAAACUAAAAAUGCUGGACAGCAGUCCCAUCCUUUCAACGUUCCAGGUCAUUCUGCUGGAGCACAUCAUCAUGUGUCGGCUAGUCACUGGUCACAAGGCUACUGCAUUACAAGAGAUCUCCCAGGUCUGCCAACUGUGCCAACAGUCCCCCAGGUUAUUCACCAAUCACGCUGCCCAACUCCACACUCUACUAGGCCUGUAUUGCAUAUCUGUCAACUGUAUGGACAACGCAGAGGCACAGUUCACCGCCGCUUUGCGGGUAAGUGACCUAACCACACACCAGGAACUAUGGGCGUUCAUUGUGACAAACUUGGCCAGCGUCUACAUCAGGGAAGGAAACAGACACCAGGAGCUAUACAGUCUCCUUGAGAGGAUAAACCCUGAUCACAACUUUCCUGUGAGCUCUCACUGUCUCCGCGCUGCAGCUUUCUACAUCCGAGGACUCCUGUCCUUCUUCCAAGGACGCUACAACGAGGCCAAACGGUUCCUUAGAGAAACUCUGAAGAUGUCCAAUGCGGAGGACCUGAAUAGACUGACAGCCUGCUCACUGGUUCUGCUAGGCCAUAUAUUCUAUGUACUGGGAAACCACAGGGAGAGCAACAACAUGGUGGUUCCAGCGAUGCAGCUGGCCAGCAAGAUCCCUGACAUGUCUGUCCAGCUGUGGUCCUCUGCCCUUUUAAAGGAUCUGAACAAGGCCCUGGGAAACACCAUUGAUGCCCAUGAAGCUGCUCAGAUGCACCAGAACUUCUCCCAGCAGCUUCUCCAGGACCACAUCGCUGCCUGCAGCCUCCCCGAACACAACCUCAUCAGCUGGACGGACGGCCCACCACCUGGGCAGUUUCAAGCCCAGAACGGCCCGACAACCAGCCUGGCCAGCCUGCUAUGAACACAUGGCUCCGUCAUACACAUGCAUACGAGAGAGCGAGAGCAAACUGACAACACACAAGGGCUACCAUUCUUCUAGCCUCAAAGAUGUCUAUACUUCAACUAUCGUUUCUUUACGUCUUUUGAAAAUUAGAGGGGUACUGGGAAAACAUAGUAGCAGUUAUUCAAUUAAUUUAUUCAUGUUGAUAUUUUUGUAACUUUAGCAAAAUAUUUGACCGCUUUUCUUUGUAUGAAUGCCAUUUUUCCUAUGCAUGGAAGUUACUGAUGUUGAUUAAUUCUUCAACUGUUGCUAAUCAUUUGCUGAGGAUUUUCACAGCCAGUCAUUGUUUUCUAGCACCGCAUCCACAUGAAUUAGUGUAGGUACACUUGGCAUUACUUCUCAUGGAUUGAACCAGCAACAUGUUUUGUUUUAUGUUAAGUUUGGACUUGAAUGUUAAAUUGGUAGUGUUGAGAUAAAGGGUUUGAAUAUCUUCCUGAAAGAGUGCAUGAGAGAAUAGUGAAGGAGUUGGAAUGUUCAUUGGUGCAGUUACUUAAUGGACCAGCAGGUGUCCCUUUUGAGCUGUGAUUUGAUAAACCUGCUUUGAGAGGAAUAUUUGUAGUAAGUAACAUUUGGCAUGUCAUAGAUCACCGAUUUGCCCAUUUUAAAGAUGCAUCACAAACACAACUAUUAUUGGAUAUACAUAUGAAUUCUAGUUCAUUUAUUGAGUUCCAUAGAUCACGAAGAUGGACAUUUUUUGAACAUACAAGAAACUUUUGGAUAAAGAGAAAUCAGUGUAUUACUUUUUGUUACGCUAUAAUUUGUCUAGUUAAAGGUUUUCUUUACAAUACAUUGUAUACAUAUACCACAUGGGAAACCUUUAUUGUACAGUGACAUUUUAUAAAGUAAAUGUAGUCAAGUGUGUAAUGUAUUUUAACUACCAGUAUCACAUGUAGAAAUCAAACUCAAUGCUUGCUAUUUAAGUCGAUCUAUGGACACGUCAGAAGCUUGAGUAUUUGCCAUAUUCUAUCCAAUGCCUAUGUUUUUAUUGAUUAUAUUGUUUUUCAAUAUUUUUGGGGACAAAGUCUGAAUAAAUGUGGUAUUUGCAA